UAGAGGGAGGGAGGGGGAUUCUGUUUAAUAUAGAGGGGGGAAGGGGGUACUGUUUGAUAUAGAGGGGAAGGGAGGGAUUCUGUUUACUGUAUUAAUAUAGAGGGAGGAGGGAUACUGUUAGUAUUAAGAAAAAUUCUUUGUCUGUAUAUUUGAGUUGGUUAUGCCAUGUAUGUGCUUUGGCAACACAAUUAUUUUUAUUGUCAUGCCAAUAAAGCCAAUUUGAAUUUGAAUUUGAGAGAGAGAGAGAGAGAGAGAGAGAGAGAGAGAGAGAUCGCUCCUGGAACCAGGGGGAGGAGAAGGCGGCUGGAGACCCAAUAAAUUGCAUUAAACAUGCCAUUCCCCUCUCUGUGGAUUUUAGCGCGAUCUGGAGUUUCAGUAAACUGGAUCUCCGGUGUUCUUUCUGGGAAAGUUUCACUUCACUCAACGCGUGCAAACUCCUGCAGUUAAAGGUGUAUUUUAUUUUUUCUUGUAUAGAAAACAUCGAUACUACUUUGGCAUUUUUAAAUCAUCGCCGAUUAUACAAAAAAAAUAUAUCUAAAGCAUAAGCUAGCCAGGAGAAAAUUUAAAGCAACACUUGAGCAACCUCGAAUUAUCAAAACCAAGUGAACUUGUAUUGAAAGGAAAUAUUAACCACUGACAUUACCUCGGAUUGUUAGAGUAUAAAAUGCACUUACUGGAAUUAUAUCUUUUAGUGAUCUUUACUGUAUUGCUUCAAAGAGACUCUGCUUUUGAAUCAGAUCAUGAUUACUAUGAUUAUGAACAGGAUCAAGCGGAUACAGAGGACUAUCCAGAGCCAGAGCUAGAAGAACAGUUGCGGUCUGUAUCCAAUGUGGAUGAACUCAUGAAAAUAGUCUACCCAAAAUAUUGGAAUAUGUUAAGAUGUCAGUCAAAGAGCGGCGGGCAUCUGCACUUCAGAGAAAAAGCUUCCUCCGACACAAGGACUGAGGAUCCCUUGGUAUUUGCAGCAGCAUUUUACAAUCUUGACAUUUUAAAAAGUAUUGAUACUGAGUGGAGAAAGACCCAGUGCAUGCCACGAGAGGUUUGUUUAGAUGUGGGAAAAGAGUUUGGGGCAGCAACAAACACCUUCUUUAAACCACCCUGCGUGUCUGUCUACAGAUGUGGGGGCUGCUGCAACAAUGAAGGACUUCAGUGCAUGAACAUUAGUACAUCUUACAUCAGCAAAACGUUGUUUGAAAUUACAGUACCACUGUCUCAAGGACCAAAACCAGUGACAGUCAGCUUUGCCAAUCAUACAUCUUGCCGCUGCUUGUCCAAACUGGAUGUUUAUAGACAUGUGCACUCAAUCAUUAGACGUUCUCUACCAGAGUGUCAUGCUGCAAACAAGACCUGUCCAAAGAAUCACAUCUGGAAUAAUCACAUCUGUAGAUGUGUGAAGCAGCACGACUUCACUUUUCCUUCCCAGUAUCCAGGAUCUUAUGCAUUUGAUGGAGUCAAUGAUAUUUGUGGACCAAAUAAAGAGCUAGACGAUGAGACUUGCCAGUGUGUCUGUAAGGGUAUCUUGAGCCCCUCCAGCUGUGGACCCAACAGAGUAAUGGAUAGAGAUUCCUGCCAAUGUGUGUGCAAACUACUUCCAACGUCAUGUGGACCCAAUACAGUUUUUGAUAAAGACACAUGCCAGUGCGCUUGUUCAAAAGUCUGCCCAAGACAUCAGCCGCUGAAUCCUGAUAAAUGUACAUGCGAAUGUACAGAAUCACCAAAUAGAUGCUUUUUGAGAGGAAGAAGGUUUCAACACCAGACAUGCAGUUGCUACAGCCCACCUUGUGAAGGUCGAAGAAAGCGAUGCGAGGCAAGAUUUUACUUCAGUGAGGAGGUUUGCCGCUGUGUACCAACGUUCUGGAGAAGACCUGCAUACACAGAUUAAAUAUAUCUGAAUAAUACAUAUACCAACAACACUUACAUGCAAAGUGACAUGUUGAAAUGUGCACUGCUUGGAUAUACCUGUGCACCAAAGACCCCCAAGGACUAUGAGGACACAGAUACAUUGUGCAUUUCCAUUAACUUUGGCCAUCAUGUAGAGAACUUACAAAGGACAUAGUUCUCAGGCAGUGACCAAAUGGCCUAGGUUUUCCUUUUUGUGAUUUUUUUUUUCAGAUAAUGACUCUAUAAUUUAUUGCCACUAAAAAGUCUGCAGCAAUUUUGUUAAUAGCAAUUGCAAUCGUAAAAAAAAACAAACAAAAAAAAAAACAGUGAUCAAUAUUUUUGUAUCAUGUGAAGUAUCUUUAAAAUAAAUAUAACAUUGUAUUGUACACUCUUAAGCCGUGUAUCAGUCAAAGCAGUCCUAGAAAUACAAAUGAAGACAAAAAGGUACCGUACUGUUGGCAGGGGAAAUAAAGCAUUGUUCUAUUGCUCUAUGUCAAAGAAUGUAUCAAACAGUUAAAAUAAAACCAUGCCAGGUUUUAUAUACAGUACUUCAAGAUCAGGCUCAUUACUGCAGAUUUUUUCAUUAAAUAUAGUAAUGGUGAGAGGGGAUUACUGCUGUCAGAAAUGUCCUUAUUUUCUUUGUGGUUAGGGCAGGUGGGCAAUCCUUGAGUGACCCAAUCAAAUAUCAAGAUUUGACAUUUUACCAUUAAGCUUUUCAUCAGCUGAGAGAAGAACUACCACCCUUGAAAUGGUUAGGUCAUUACCAUAACAAACACUUUCAUACAAGGUGUUUGGUAAAUUGUUUUAUUGGCUAGGUAAAUAAUAUAGUUUAUUAGCUUCAUGAUAAACUUAAUAGCUACUUGUGUGUCAUAUUCUGAUUCUUUUUUGUUGUUGUUAUGUGCAUGUGUUGUACUGUGGGUUUAAAAUCAGUUCCUACCACUUGUUAGCUUUACCGUAGUCAAUGCUCUCUUGAACUUGUUGUUUAUAAUGGGUUUUCAAACCUUAGUUGCAACUACACAUUUACACAUUUGCUUGUGCUUUUAAAACACACUUUAUAGCGAAACUACCAAACAACCCAAAAUACAAGGUCUGCUAUUUUGCUAAACAAAAUGAGAUACUGAAGCAGGCUCACAUAUAGGAAGGUCUUGUCCCUCACAUCUAUCAAAAUUAAAUAUAUGAGUAAUUAUAAAUAAUUAUUAUUCAUGUUGGUCAAAAAACAAGAAAAAUGUAUCAAAAAACAAUAACCUAAAGAGAACUGAACUCAUGCUACACAUAAGCGUUUCUCUCUGUCUAGUCUGUUCUUUGAGAAAAUGUCAUAUGCAGACUUUUCCACAUUGAAGGUACACCCCCUUUAUGUGAUGAUGCAUAAAUAACAUUUUAGUGAAGGCACCAAAUUUGAGACAAAAUAAGUGUUAGCAACAGAUUUAAGAGUUUGCAGGAAUACCUACAACCCAGCACACAUCAAAUGAAAGUAAGGUGUUUUGCUGUAAUUGCUACAGCCUGUUCCUGUUCAGUAGCAUUUUAAGGUGGAGUUAAAUCUGGCUUCAAUUACACAGCCAUGACUGCAUACUGUUCUGUUUUGUUUUAACUGACAUUUAUCAUUUGCUCUUUAACAUGGUAGGUAUGGAAACAAAAAUGCCAGCUUUCUUUGAGUAAGGUGGUAGACCAAUUAUUUAAAUUCAGCUUCCAGGAGGAAGGAGAACAAUGUAUUAUCCCUAUUAUAUAUGUUGUACAGUACUCUCAGUGGGGCUAGACCUCAGGGUUACUAUAUAUGAAAUAACAGCUGUUGGAAAAGACCAUUACACUUAAAGUGUUGUCUCGGGAGCUGCUUCAGACUUGGAACUUAUGUGAAUUAAAGCUUGACAGGAAUUUAUAGAUGACUAUUAAAAUGCAAUGUAGGAUUUUUUUGAAGACAGUAAGUUCAAAGCAUACUUGAGAGAAAACACAUUUUAUGAAUGUUGUGUAUAUUUUCAAAGGUGAAAUUAAAUAU